AGUACACGCGCUGUCUGCUGAGGACCGUCAAAGGUAGCAAGGCAGCCAGGUAACCGUGUGCCACCAGCUGGUGUCAGAGGACUCAUCCUUUUUGAAUGUCCAUGGAGGCCUGCGCUUCAUCUGGCUGCUAACAGGGGCUUUACCAGACAACGGGUGGAUUUCUGUCAGAAAAGAAGACACUACAGCUUUGUAGAUCCAGUUUCAUGAAGAUGUUCCCUUGGUCCGCUGUUUUCUCCCUUGAGCCCAAAGUGCCCGGCCAACGCAGCACUGAGGAACUGGUCACCAAUACUCUGAUGCUGGAGUUGGGGGCCAUGGUGAAGCGCACUGAACGCAUUCGUUUGGAGCGGGCAACUGAGGGUCGGCGCCGCCGUCGCAGCUCCUCCUCCACGGCUGAUUACAGCUGGCUGGCCAACACCCCGACCCCACAGCCCUACGAGCUGACGCCCAACGACCUGCUGGAACUGCAGGACCUCUGUGGCAAGAUCCCUCCUGCACAGUGUGGCCCCUUGAUCGUCAGGUUCAGGAGGUUGGUGUCACAGAUGGAGCCUGAGGUUCACGAGGUUCCCCGGCUGUUUCGCACUGUGCUACGCGACUUCGUGGAUGAGAUGAACGGAAACGAAGACGUGCAGGACACCGUUUUUGAGAAGCAGCAGCGCAGCAAGAGCCUCUCUUUCGAUACUUUCCGCACCAAGUUCCGCACGGGUCAGUUCUUCAAGGGCAGCAGCAUGAGAGGCUCCAGGGGGAAUCUGCAGCAGGAGUUGGAUUGGUCUGACGAGGAGGAUGGAGAAGGGGAGGAGGAGGCCAUCAAGGCCAGGGCGAGGAAGGGAAGGAGCAGGAGCAUGCCAGAGAUCAGCCCAAUGGAGCAGAGUGCCCAUGGGUGAGACGAGGGAGAGAGACAAUGCAGAGAGGAUGGUGGGAGGGAGAAGAUGAACACCCAUAGAGGACUUCUGGUAGGGGGGGAGAAAAUGAGGACUGAGGGAAAGCGAGCACAAAAUAGAGAUGGGUCAGCAUACUGUAAAUAUGGGGAAGAGGGGAAAAGAGGGGAUGUGAGGAAGGAAGGUAGCAUUCAGUGAAAAAGGGAAAAGGAAUAGAUUUGAAAAAUGGAGGAGAAAAGUCUAGAGGGUGGGCUUAGAACUAAUUCUUGACUUUACAGAAACUCGUCUAAUCGCAAAUGAACUUGAAGUCUUUAGUCCUUCUAAGAAACAUUAUUAGUUGUUUGGAUUCUGACACAUGUGGUUUGCAUUUUGUUGCGCUGAUGGGUACAAACCUGUUCAAACAAUACAGAGUCUACAGCCAUGUUAGGAGAUCUGUGAGGCCGUGCUUAUACACUGUGGUGCUUUGAGCUAAUGCUAAUUUGCUAACAUGCUGAUUUUUAGCAGGCAUGUUGUUUCCCAUGUUCACCAUCUUAGUUUAGUGUGUUUGUGUGCUAACAUUUGCUAAUUAGCACUAAACACAAAGUGCAGCUGAGGCUGAUGGGACAGUCAUUAGCUUUGCUGGUGCUAGUCAUAAAACAAAGUAUUGGACACAGUAAAAUGUCUACCUAAUGAUGGUGCUGGAAGAAAGGUCAGGGGAUCACCAAAGUGAUUACAGUAUAUCCUGAGGGGAACAUGAAUGUGUGUACCAAACUCCAUGGAAAUCCAUCACAUAUUUAUUGAGACAUCUCACUCAGAAUCACAAAUGUCAACCUGCUGGUGGCGCUACAGGAGAUGUCCGAUGAUACCCAAAGUCUAUAUAAACGUGCAUAGCAAUCCAUCCAAUAGUUGCUGAGAUGUUUCAGUUUGGAUAAAGUGCUGGACCAACCAACCAGCAUCCAUGGAGCCACAGCAUUAGCAUGUCUAGAAGAUCAAAUCUGCAACAUGGGACUUUGUUGAGUAAAAUCUUAAAAAAAACCCUUGCUAACCUUCACAUGCUUCAGGUAUCCUCAAAAACAACUUCAUGCAAGGACUCUGUGAACAACAGCUCUUGAUGAAUCAUACAUGUGUCAUGAACUGUCUCUUUAAAAACAUGUUAUGCAACAGACAGGACAGCUGUCUUCUGCUGCAUCUGUAUAUUCAGCAGUCACAAGUUGGCUUCAGAUCGCCUGCUCAGUUAGUGGGUGCCCUCAUAGUGUGUUUAGGAAAAUAUGUACAUGACGUUCUUAUAACUUCUGUGUGGUUAAAACAGUUGUUUUCACAAAGUUUUUUUUUGUUGUUUAAAUGUAGGUACAGUUGUGCAACAUUUGAGACUACAUGUGACUCCUGGAUUUUGGCCCGUUGAUACCUGUUAAGAGUACAUUUUUUAAGUCUUGUAGCAUUGAAGCCUUUCUAUAAAAGGAAUGAAAGACACGUGGACCUUUAUCACUUCAUUGAGGUUAAGGCAAAAUAUUUGUUUGUAAAUCAGUCUGGGGCCUGUUCUGUGAUAAAUAAAUACUGUACUCAUACAGUACCAGUACAUCUUUAUGGUGUAUAUGUGUCCAACAUAUCACACUAAACUGCACCUGCUUAGCACUCCUCUGUUGACUCGUAUUAGCCUCCUAGCCCGGCAUGGCUAAUUAUAUCACUGCUGCCUAAUCCUCUUAUCCCAAGAAAAUCUCAGCCAUGAAUGCCAGCACCCCAUUAUUAUUUUAUUAAUAUGCACUUUCUUAUCAAUACAUCAUUACCACUAUUUGCACUUUAUACAUUUAAGUCAAGGCAUUUGGCUAAAAAAAAACAGACGGGGAAAAAUAGGAUGAAUGUUUUCUCUCUUGUUAAAAAGCUGCGGUCACUUAAAUAACAUCUGGUACAUUAGAGAAAUAAAGAGGAAAAGCA